GGAAUCGAAAAACUGACAAACGUGAAACGACGGUGAACUAGGACUAUCAUUUAAAGAAAAGCUCUUCUCGUCCAUCUAAAUGUCUGCUUUUCAAGAAAUCAUUGGUUCUGUGUCAAGGCAGAAAGAAGAGGUUUUGUCUCAAGAGAGUCGAGAUGAAUUAAAAGAUGCAGUUUUACAACUUGUCAGCUACCACUAUGAUAACACUGUAGCAGUGAGCGAGGUUACAGACUUAUUAGCUUCAUCAAGUCAUGAAAUAAACGGUGUUCUAAAGUCAUGUAUUAGUGUUGAUAACAACCCUGAAACUGGUUCAUUGCACAUGUUAGAGGACUGUGUUAGUGCUGUUCUAAAACUGGCCAAAGACAUGCAGUCGCAGAACCACAAUACAGACAUUAAGGAGAAGAUUAUCAAACAAGUUCUUGUGAUUCAAGAGGUGGUAGAUAGACAAGCAUUCAACCGACCCAGAUUACUGAACCUUCUAUGUAAUGAGAUGACAUUGCCAGUGUAUUUGAUUUGGGUCCUGAACAAGGAAGCCAUAAUGGCCUUAAAUACAUACAUAUCUUUUAAAAAUUCCUCCUUGGAUUUUGCCAAGGCCUUUGCCAAUGAAUUAUUCAAUAGCAUAUCCUUGUACAAUGAGGAAAGCUGGUUUUUAGAAAUUUUAACUCAACUGGUGCAGAGUUCAUUAUCCGUUCAGAAAAAUACAGAUUCCUUGAAUGUGAAAAAGAUAUCAAAGCAUAUUUUGGAACUACUUAAUCAAAAAAUCCUUGAUGAAUUGUCCUUGAAUGGUGGAAUAGUAAAAGUGUUGGACCUGACAAAGUUCUGUCCGAUGGAGAUGCUGAAGCAGUAUUACCAGGGACUCAUCAGUUUGUGGCUGGCUCACAGGCCAGUUCUCAAAGUGGCAGAAGCAUUGAAACAACAGAAAGAUUGGAUUUUUAGUAAACUAUCUCCUUCAUUGACACAAUGGUAUAAACAGUGUUUAGUAACUCUGGAGCCUCUGGAGGUGUUAGAACAAAUAAAGUUUGUGAUGGACUCCCAGGAAGUCAACUGGCAAACAGUUCUGUCUUUCCUCUCCACAGCUGUAGUAUGCGUGCCUCAGUUUUCAGAUCUUGUUCAAGAUUACAUAGUCAGCUUGCUGAAUGAGGGAUUAGUGAGCUGUAACUUAGAGAACCUUGUGAUUGCAUUCUUGUUUGCCAGACAGGGUUGUUAUGAAGGACCACGUGUGUUUUCUUCCUAUCCAGACUGGUUUCAGAGUGUAUUUUCUGAGGCUAGUUCAACUCCAGCAGCUAACAGGAAGACCUUUGCAUGUCUAAUGAAGUUUCUGACAGAUAUGGUGCCAUUUGAGUCUUCGUCUCAUCUAAAAGCUCACAUUGUAAGACCACCAUUUGUUCCUUUAAAAUGUAGAGAGCUCCUUACUGACUACAUUCUACUUGCAAAAACCAGACUGGCUGAUCUGAAGCAGCCUUUAGAUGGAGCACUAGAAGAAGAUCAAGAUAUAGAAAGUCGGAAAAAGAUGAAUGAGCAAAUAGAAGAUGACAUACAAAAGGCAGUGGUUUUGUAUCAGUCAAGUAAAAAGAUUCCAUCAUCUAUUAUGGAAGCCAGCAUAUUCAGAAAGCCAUACUAUGUUGGUAAAUUUUUACCAGUAUUACUGAAACCAAGAGCUCUUCCAGACAUUCCAGACUUAAGGAUGAAAUUUAUUGAUGCCCUGAAACAGGUUGACAAGAUUCCUUCCACACUGUACACUAAUUACUUGAAGGCAUGCAAAGCAGAAUCAGCAAGGCUCUUAGAAGGGGUAUUCCUGGAAGAGGACAUGGAUCUGGAGCUGAGUGAAGAGGAACAGUUACAGUUCUGUCUGGAUGAGCUGCUCAAAGUAAUACUGGACAACCCCACUAACAGAGUUGUAGAACAAUGUUCUCUGCUGAGGGAGAAACUAAAGAUGGUCCUCCAUAUUGAGGAAAACAGAGUUGAAAUGUACACAUCAGAACCUGCAACUGUGCUAAAUGUUAAUGCAGCCAAUAUUUCACCACUGCAGAUUAAGGUGGUAGAUCAGCUUUUAGAAUUUCUGGCCUGUGCUUGUCAGAGAGAUAUAGAAAUGUCAACUGCUGUCUCAUGGCCACAGGAUUUAUUCUCAGUCCUCCAAGAAGUGGCAGAACUACACAAUGCUAUCUUCAUUAGAAUUUGGAAAUUAAUCAUGGAGCAGGGACGUGACCUGGAUCACCACCAUAUUAGAACACUGGGGUUCUGUCUGGCCCACACAGAUCAUAUGACCUCUCGGGAAACGACUGUACAAGUAUGUCAGGGAUUUUGCCCAGUUCUCCAAGGGAACUUCACACACUUGAUUUGGCAGGAGCUACCCAUUUCUACUAGUUCAUGGAAGAAAUUUUCUUUUCGCCUAAUGUUGGAGUACAUUGACUUUGUAAGCAGUAUCAGAAAAGCUGAUGUAUUUCCAUUUCUUUUGCCGAAUGUUUUCUGUGACAAGUUUCAGUUUCUCCAUGGCUUCUUUAAGGAUCUCCAUCCUGACGAUCAAGUUUUAUGUAGUUUUGGACAACUUAGCAAAGAAAUCAAAAGUGCAGUCUCCAGAAACCAGCUUGCCUUCAGAGACUGGGUACAGUUUGAAAUGGAGACAACGUUUCCGGAUGAUAUACUCUCUUUUGCUGAUUGGCAGGUUCAUGUACACAGCACUGUUUUUAAUUCCUAUUUGCAAGAAGAAUCUUCAGCGAACGGUUCAAUAAAAGACAACAACAGAAAGAUUAUAGGAGAGUUAUUUACCCAACUUCUGCAGCAGGAAAUGAGUCUAAAGUUAUAUCCAUCUUCGGAAUGCAAAGAUUGCACUAGUAAAGAGGUACAUAAACACACAGAAGAAACCCAUCUCUACUUUAUCUCUGUUCUUCAGACCUUGAUUUCUUAUUUGAUGCCUGGUAAGAGAGUAGCAUCAUGGCUGGCUGAGCAAAUACAAGAUGAAAUGGUCAGGAGAGAAUCAAAUUUAGAAAAAGAAUUUUGUAUUCAAGCAAUAUUUAGAAUAAUCUCAUGGUUUCCUGCCUUCAGACUCUUUGCUGAUUCUCCAAGUGCGCCCUCAGCUCUGGAUCUUCCAUGUCAGAUCAUUAAUCAAAACUUUACGUGUUUGUGCAGAUGUGGAUAUUUUCCAGCCAGAGAGGCAAUUUACAUGUUGCAGGGAUUGAGUCAAUUAGAAAAUGCUGGGGAUGUAGACAGUGUUCUACUCAGAUGCCCUCUACUGUCCCUAUCUCUAGUAGUUCAUACACAGUUUACAAGAAACUUGAUAGCAGAAAUUUACAAGAAGCACACCAAUCCAGGACUGGAAGCCAUGCUGAAAAUCACAGACUGGGUGGAAAGAAGCAGGACCACACCUGCCCCAUUGCCAGGUGAGCUAGAUGUUAAUGUCUCAAUGCGAAGUGCUGCUCUUCUGUCACUCCUUCAUACAAGGUCACUUCCUUCUUUGAUGGAGAUCAUACGAAAACAAGCCAGAUCCAGUGAGGACAGGCAGGAUAGAGUGUUUGAAGGGUUUUCUGUCCUUCUUGUUGCAGAGCUUAUUGAGGUCAAGAGUCAGUUCUACAAGGAAGCUGAGCAAGCCUUGGAAAAUCUUCUAUUUUCCAAGCCUGAACUGUUGUCCUAUCUGGCCAGCAACAUGGGGGAAUGGGAGUCGAUGUUACCUCAGAAUGUUCUGCACCAGAUGCCUUUCACCCUCAUCAAAUUUCUAUCAAGGAGAAAAAACACUUCUUGGCAGAGUAGUUUGACGUAUUUAUCAUCAGUUCUCUUGUUACACAAGAAAGAAGUGCGCUGCAUGGACCAACAAGUACCCUCAGAGAAUUUAAUUCAGAUGAAUGACUGGAUUGAUGUGAUUGGAUUUGUGAAAGGGUGUUUUAACUCUGCAACAAAAGCUCAGCUGAAGAAUGUGACCAAGGAAUUGUUGAGUGACUGUGGAGCAGACAUUGUUUUGAUGUACAAACAAGCAAUCGCAAGAGAACAAUAAAAAAGUUAGCAAUGUC